AUGGAGACCAACGAAUUCCCCCCUCUUCCAAACACAUCGAUCCUGGGUCCGAUUCCAGCGUCUCAGAACGGUUCCUUCGCAAAGAACCUGGCAAAUCCUUCUGCAUCUAAGGAAGAUUUCCCGGUUUCUUUUGUUCGGCCAAGUCAAAAACUCUUUUUUAAAGGAGAAGAUCUCUCCGAAGGCAUCUCGGUAUGGUCUUUUUCUUUGAUCGGUUAUUCUCUAGGGCCAAGGCCGUAUUACGAGCGACUUCUCGCAGCCAUGAAAAAGGUUUGGAUACUGAAAGGUUCGUUUUCCCUUCUCUCGUUAGCGGAUGGUUUUUUCCUGAUCAAAUUUUCUAACCAAGAAGAUUUUGAUCUUGUUUGGUCUGGAGGACCUUGGUUCAUGUUAGGGAAAUCAUUUAUUCUCCAAAAAUGGUCCCCUAAAUUCCAACCGAAGAGGGAUGAACUUUCUGAGAUUCCCCUUUGGAUAAAAAUUGUUGAUCUCCCCUUAGCCCUUUGGACCCCAAAGGGAAUUUCGACUAUAGCCAGCUAUAUUGGUAAUCCCUUAUCUGUUGAUUCUCUUACUGCCAAAAGAGCUAGAUUAACCUAUGCUAGAGUCUGUGUUGCUAUCUCUAAAGAAUCGUCUCUCCCGGAUGAAAUUCCUAUCAACAUAGAAGGAGAAGAUAUCAUGCUCAAAGUUAUUUACGACUGGAAACCUAGUCGAUGCGAAGGAUGUGGAUCUUUGGUUCACAGUUAUGCUUCCUGCAAGUCGAAUCUGAAUCCUGAGCUGGUUGUUCUCCCCCCUCCAAAAACCAAAAACAGAGGUAGAAGUCUUAGCCGGAACCCUAGACCCCAAAUUCCGGCUCCGGUGAAGCCAACUCCUCCGGAAAAGGUAAUUUCGGCUCCGGCGAAGCCCACUAAUCUGGAAAAG